CGGAAGUUUUUUUCAGAGCUGAUGGCGCGAAUGACUGGAAAAUGGCUUCACACGGAUUUUCAAACUAAAAUACUGACAGAUUAGCUAAUUAAUUAUCCUGCUGUUUUAUACAAGUGAUGUUUCUAUGUGUGUCUGUGAUGAAAUGAUAAAACAACUAAAUUGAAAGUUUUAAUCCUAAAUCUCCUAGUUUUAAUCCUCGUAAUCAAGAUUCUGCUCUGUCUCGCGGAUGUAGAUUAUAUGCCACCAUGUCAAAAAGCAACAAGGAGACAUACAUUGUGAAAUUUGUUGAACGCAAUGGACAAAAGAGUGAUCUGGCUCUCCAGGCCUAUAAGGCAAUAGUGGAACUGCAGUCAGAGAAAUAUGUGCAGACGCUGGAUGAGGAAGCCACACUAAAGCUGGACCACAAUGACAAGUCCCUGUUUGUUUUCAGUGACUUCACCAGCAAUGCCUUUGACCACUGCAGGAGGCUGGGAUGCAGGAUCGUGAGUCCUCUGGUAGUGCUGUUCUGUCUGCAGAAGCAUAGAUGUGUGCCCAAAGCAGAGCAGCCCGUGUACAACAUGGCCAUGGCUGAUGUCACUACCUCCUGCACCAACCUUGACAAAGAGGCACGGAGUGAAGUGAUGGAUCUUGUCCAGCUGAUGGGUGGACGGGUCUACCGUGAUCUCAAUGUGUCUGUUACUCACCUGGUGGCAGGUGAAGUGGGGAGUAAGAAAUACCUGGUGGCCGCAAGCCUUGGGAAGCCCAUUCUUUUGCCCAGCUGGGUGAAAGCAUGCUGGGAAAAGUCUCAGGAUAGUGUUUUCCAUCACUCUGAACUGAAUACGGAGGACUAUCAGUGUCCAGUCCUGAAAGGCUGUACGGUCUGUGUGACGGGACUCUCUACUGUGGAGCGUAAAGAGGUUCAGAGGUUGUGUGGCCAGAAUGGAGGCAAUUACACAGGGCAGCUCAAGAUGAAUGAGUGUACUCACCUUAUUGUCAGUGAACCCACAGGUCAGAAAUAUGAGUUUGCCCGUAAAUGGAACGUAUACUGUGUGUCCCUGCACUGGCUGUUUGACAGCAUCGAGAAGGGCUUCUGUCAGGAUGAGAGCAGGUAUGCUGUGGAGCGUGGAAAGAAGAGAGCGGAGGAGAAGCCAGGCAGACCCAACACCUCCACUCCUACAGGACCCAACAGGAGCAAAGAGGAAGGUCCCUCACUUCUGGGAUUGAGCCAUAUUUCCAAUAUAAGUAUGAAUGUCAAUGAAACGGUCCUCACCACAGCAGGAAUCAGCCACAUAGAGACUCCUGAUCCAGUUGACUCAUUUGACAUCACUGUUUGUCGAGUUGAUGACCUGUUGGAUGGCUGUAAGUUAUAUCUGUGUGGCUUAUCAGGAAAGAAACUGGAGAAACUGCGGCGGAUGGUGAACUCUGCCGGAGGGCUGCGCUUCAACCAGCCCAGCCAAGAGCUGACACAUAUAGUGAUGGGUGAACCAGACCCGGGGGUCAAAGUCUUCCUUGACAAAGCCACUCACAGACCCCAUAUAGUGACCGUGCAGUGGUUGCUGGACAGUUUCUCCCGUGGUUCCUUGCUCCCAGAGGAUGACUACUUUCACCCCUCCUUUCUGCCCCCUGCCCCAGCCGCUGUUGAUAUGCCUGCUCCUCACAAAGCUGCCCCCCGCGCCUCCAGACCCUCUGUAGCUCCCCCUCCUGCCCCUAGUCCAGGCCGACAAGCCAGAGCAGAGGAAGACCUGCUUUCACAGUACAUGGAGAAUGACCAGACUGUGGUGGAGCUGCCUCAGGCCACUAAUAGUACCAGCAGCAGGCAGAGUGUUUUGCUUCCAGAGCCUCCACCUGCAGUAAAGGACUCCACCUUGGUUGAAACCUCAGUGGGUGGACUUUUUGCAGGGAAGCGUUUUAUCUUGGUUGGUUUUGGAGCUGAGUCUGAAGCGCAACUCUCAGAGCUAGUCAUGGAAAAUGCUGGGAAGAUCUUGGUCGGCCGCUCGAGAGCUGUGGCGCAUUAUGCCAUCGUGCCACUGCUGGGCUGUGAUGUGGAGGCCACAGUAGAUGAGGUUGCGACAGAUACCUGGCUGGCCAUGUGUGUGGAGCAGCAGUGUGUUUUGCCACUACCCUCUCAUCCUCUGUUCACUCCAGUAGCAGUGAGAGAAGGCUUCUCUCCUCUCAAAGACUGUGUGCUGUCCGUCAGUCAGUUCACUGGAGCUGAGCGAGAGUCUCUCAUUCAGCUUGCCAAACACCUGGGAGCGAGAGCUAAUCUAAUGUUUUCUUAUUUCUCUCCCCCUACACAUCUGUCUGCAGUGUUCACAAGUCUCGCAGCCAUGACUGCCAGUCCACAACUGGGAAAAGAGCCUGAACCUGAGGUGGAGCAGAAGGCUGCAGCUCCUCUUAUUGGGGUGGUGGUGUGUGUAAGCAAGAAAUUAAGCAAGAAACAGAGUGAACUCAAUGCAGUGGCCGCCUCUUUAGGUGCAGACUUCAGGUGGUCGUGUGACAACUCUGUCACUCACUACAUCUACCAGGGUAAAGUAGGAGACAACAGUAAGGAAUACAAAGCUGUCAAAGAGAGAGGACUGCAUAUAGUGUCACAACACUGGCUACAGGCUUGUGCAGAUGAGCAGAAGCAUGUGUCUGAGUCACUCUACCCUUUUACAUUCAACCCCAAAAUGAGCCUCACCAUGAGUCAGGUGGCAGAUAGCACUCAGAGGUCACCUCCUCCUUCCACCCCCCGCACCAGACUCAGGGAGUUUACACAGAAUGAGGAGACCAGGCUUAGUCCUGUUGACAGCAUCACAGACAUCUCAACCCCUCAGCGUGGCAGUGUGGGAGAGCCUGAGAAAGAUCAGACCGUCAGCACUGAAAGAAAUCUCACAGAAACACUUGAGAUGAGAGAGAGUCUUCAAAGGCAACUUCAGGAGAUCAUGUCUGCUACCAAACUGACCAGCGGUCGUCGAGGCUCCUCGCGGUUGGCCAGAACAGGUUCAGGGGGACUAGACUCACCCCACACCCCGGACAGCCUGGGGCGAAUGGGAAGACGCAGCCGCACUUUAGAGGCCCUACGAAUGUCACGUCAAGUAGCUGUGGACCUGAACACAGAGCCGUCUCAGAGUGAGCAGAUUGUGUGGGAUGACCCUACAGCACGAGAGGAGAGAGCUAAACUGGCUGAUAACCUGCAGUGGCCUGGCAGCCCCUCCCAGCACUCUGAAACCAUCGUCCCACCGCCCCUCUCUGACCACACAGCCAGGGACUCUAUGACUGACUCUGAGCUUGUGGAAAUGGCUGCAUUUGAAGUCAUCGAUGCACAGCUGAAGCCAAAGGUGACCCCACCUCCAGCUGAGACGCUACAGAACCGUGAAACACCUGAAGCACUCACUCUUGCUUUCCCCACCUCUAAACCUGCAGUUCCUUCCCUUCCACAGAUUGAAGAUAAGGAGGAGGUCAAGGAUCCUCCACGAUUCUUGCUGUCUUCAUUGAACCCACAGGAACGCAUCGACUACAGUCAUCUCAUAGAGGAGCUAGGUGGUGUUGUGCUGGAGAAACAGAGUUUUGAUCCCAGCUGCACUCAUGUGAUUGUUGGUUAUCCUCUGAGGAAUGAGAAGUAUCUGGCCGCUAUGGCAGCGGGCAAGUGGAUUCUUCAUCGCUCGUAUCUGGAGGCCUGUCGUGCAGAAGGACACUUCAUAGAGGAGGAGCAGUACGAGUGGGGCAGCAGCUCUAUCCUGGACGCUCUGCCAUCCAUCAACUCUCAGCAGAAGAGACUGGCACUGGCAGCCAUGCGAUGGAGGAAAACACUACAAGGCAGCUCAAACAAGGAGGGUGCGUUUGGGGGCUGGACGGUGAUGCUGAAUAUUGACCAGGCCAGAGAGGCUGGAUUCAGACGGCUGCUGCAGUCUGGGGCAGCCAAGGUGUUGCCAGACCCUUCUCCUUCGCUGUUUAAAGAGACCACUCACCUGUUUGUGGAUUUUAGUCGGUUAAAACCAGGUGACGGCAGAGUGGAUGUCAGUGAAGCUGCAGCUCAGGGGGUCAAAUGUCUAAAACCAGAGUACAUUGCUGAUUACCUCAUGCUGGAGCCUUCUCCUUCAAUGGACGCUUACUAUCUUCCUGGUGCAGCUACGGAUGAUCUAGAAAAAGUUCAAGAUACAUCUUCACGCAAACGGAAAGCCUCUGGGGAAAUGUCCAGAUUGAAGAAGAGUCGUGUGAGAUAAAACAUCCAAUUUCAGAUGCUAAUGUAAUAUGUAUUCAAGUGAUUUUAUUCAAUUAUUACAUUGUAGAUAAAAUAUUUGUCUGUCUAGUCAAUAAAAAAAUUAAUUCAUAAUGUGAAACACAGUCCAAGAAACCCUUUUGAACAGUCAUGCAUAAAAAAGAGAAAAGUUUUUUUUUUUUCUUAAAAAAAAAAAAGGUUAGUUCUUCAACAGAAAUUGCAAAAGCCAGAAUUAAACAAGCUUGCACCUGUGUUAUGCUUGACAUCUCUAGACUCUGAUGUACUACCACUUUCUGCCCUGCGGAUGGAGUGUUUUUCACAUAAUGGAAGGGUAGUAAGAAUCAUAUGUGUCCACAGCAACCGUUCUGUUACUAAUGGCAACAAGUGCACAGAUUUUUUUGAUGCUGCUGCUGUCUGGUAUAUGUCAUUGAACCAAUUCAUAUUGUUAUUACUUGGUCAAAUACACAUCACUUGUUUGAUCUCUUUCAGUACUCUUCCUAUAGUAACAAUAGGAA